UAGUCAUUCUGGGCAAGAAGUAGGGGUUAAAUGCAUACUGUUGCCAAGAUGAUUGGUAAAGAUUACAGAAGCAGUACAUAUGAGUAAAGCUGCUGCCUUGGAGCCUGAAGUAUAUUUCAAAGUUCCUAUAAAUUUGGGAACAGCUUCUAAUAUGUCUGGAUUAAGUGUGUCUAAAGCUGAGCAGUGACUAGCUGACUCAUCCCAAGUUCUAAGCCCUGCUCUGGCUUGAUCCUUUUCUCCUGAGCAUUACAGCUAAAUACUCCUGAGCUCUUCCCUAUUGGCUGGGGAGACGAACUGAAGUUCCUUGCCCAUGUUAGGAGGUAUACGCCUCCUGAACUAAAGAUAGAAACAGCUGGCCCUUCUAGGCAGCUAAAACCCUUUAGACCGAGUUGUUCCUCACUCGGCAAGUGGACUCCUUGAAAUACCCUUUUCUGUAAUUCCACCAAUACCUUCAUGUCUCUACUGUGCUAUAACAAAGGCUGUGGGCAACACUUUGACCCCAAUACCAACCUUCCUGAUUCCUGUUGCCAUCACCCUGGUGUCCCAAUCUUCCAUGAUGCACUUAAGGGUUGGUCCUGCUGCCAGAAACGAACUGUAGAUUUCUCUGAAUUCUUAAGCAUCAAGGGCUGUACUAUGGGACCACAUUGUGCUGAGAAGCUCCCUGAGGCCCCACAACCUGAAGGCCCUGCCACAAGCAGUUCACUUCAGGAGCAAAAACCUCUGAAUUCAAAUCCAAAGUCAACAGAGAAUUUGCGCCAGGAGAGGCCCAAAUCAGAGUUGCUUCUGAAGCUGCUGCCACUAAAUAUAUCCCAAGCCCUGGGAAUGGCAUUGGAACAGAAGGAACUAGACCAGGAACCUCGGGCAGGACUUGACAGUAGCCUGUUCCAGACUGGUUCCAGUUGCCAGAACCCAGGAUGUGAUGCUGUUUACCAAGGACCCGAGAGUGAUGCUACACCAUGUAUCUACCACCCAGGAGCACCUCAAUUCCAUGAAGGAAUGAAGUCUUGGAGCUGUUGUGGCAUCCAGACCCUGGAUUUUGGGGCAUUCCUAGUGCAGCCAGGAUGCAGAGUUGGUAGACAUGACUGGGGCAAGCAGUUGCCAGCAUCUUGCCGCCAUGAUUGGUACCAGACAGAUUCCUUAGUAGUGGUGACUGUGUAUGGCCAGAUUCCACUGCCUGCAUUCAACUGGGUGAAGGCCAGUCAAACUGAGCUUCAUGUCCACAUUGUCUUUAAUGAUAACCGUGUGUUCCAAGCACAGAUGAAGCUGUGGGGGGUCAUAAACGUGGAGCAGAGUUCUGUCUCCUUGAUGCCAUCUCGGGUUGAAAUCUCCCUGCGAAAGGCAGACCCAGGAUCUUGGGCCCAGCUGGAGCACCCCAGUGCUAUAGCUGAGAAGGAUAGGGCUAGGGUUGGGUUAGAAAUGGAUAAGGAAGAAUCUGAGGAUUCAGAUGAUGAUCUGAGCUGGACAGAGGAGGAAGAGGAGGAAGCUAUGGGGGAAUAGUAACAGUAGACAGCCAAAUGCCUAGCUAGUACCUCGGUGACUUCUUGAGGAUCUCCGAGACCAGGAUAUUUAUUGGCUGUGUGGUGCCCUUAAGCAGGUAAGGGCUGAAGGAGGAGAGAACAAAAGUGUCCAAACCAAACUGUUUUUUCUUUAAAUAAAUCUUGUAUUCUGCAGA